AUGUUAAUUAGUCGAACAUAUUUGGGAGUUGCUGUAUUAGAUGAUUGUACAUUAUAUGCUGUUGGCGGAUCCGAUGGUGAUUUUAAUCCAUUAAAUAGUGUAGAGAUUUUUAAUGUUAGUAUUGAAAAAUGGCAAAUGGUUUCCAGUAUGACAAUUAAGAGAGUUAAUUUGGGUAUUGGAGUACUCAAUAAUCAUAUAUACGCGGUAGGAGGUCAUGAUGAAUCGUAUGAAUUGAAAUCCGCUGAAUAUUAUGAUCCCACACUUGACACAUGGACAAGAAUUGCUGAAAUGUCUGUAUGUCGAAAUGGUGUUGGUGUAGGAGUUUUGGACAGUGUAAUCUAUGCUAUUGGUGGUGAAAACGAAGCAGGAACUCUCAAAAGUGCAGAGACUUAUAAACCAAGUGACGGUGUAUGGACUUCUAUUGCUGAUAUGCAUGAGUGUCGAUCAUUUCCUGGAGUAGUUGCGUUUAAUGGUUUACUCAAGACGAUCGCAAGGAUUGGCUUGGAAGUGCAAAUCGAUUUCCACGGAAUGCCGGACACGACUGAUCUGGUUAACGAAACGUCGGAUUUUCCGGAAGAAUAUCGUGGGCUGUUGGAAUCUCCGAACAAAAUAAAAUCGAGUUUCAGGCUCCGAAAUGAAUAA